CAAAAAGAGAAAAAUUAUAAAGCGAAAUUUUGAAGAAUUUGAAUUGAAUUUGAAGAAUUGGAAAGCAGCAGGCUGCCGAUUUGUGUGCAACUGCAUGUGGACUUGGGUGAAGCGUAAUGGAGGCAACAGCUACUAAGACAACCAUCCCCCCGGUCAGCAGCAGCUCCAGCACAACAUCCAGCGAAAAAAUGAACUACGCACUGCAAGUGGCCCUGCAGACGAUCAAAGAGCGGUGCAUACAGCUGCAGCGGAGGGUGACAAGCAUGGAGGAGGAGAACCAGCGACUGCGCGAGGCCAACGCCAAGGACUCCAGUGCUGUGCAGACGGGCAGUGGCGGCGGUGAUUCGUUGUCCCUGCGCACACAAGUGGCCGAGCUGCAGCGCCAGAAGGAUCAGCUGGAGGAGCACAUCGGCAUGGUGUCGAACGAGAAUCGCAGACUGUGGUCGCGGCUGUCACAAAUCUCCAAGGACCAGCAGCAACAGCAGCUGCUGCUGGCACAGGCCCCGGCGAAGGCCGAGGAUGCGUCACCCGACUCGCGUGCCAAUCAGAAUCUUAUUCGCUCCAAGACUUUCACACAGCACUCUCCAAAUCCGCACUUGCGCCAGAAGAUGAUCUCAGAUGGCCUGAGGGACAUCAGCCUCGAGGAGAUAGUGCUGGACGACUUCGGGGCCGGCGACACCGAGAUGGGCUGCUACCCCUAUGGCCUGCCCUUGGAGGAGACAACGGCCAGUGAGCCAGAUGCCAAUUUGGAUGCCAAACGUUGCAUGGACGGGCUGCAGGAUCUGCGACGGGAGGCCAUGAAGCAGCAGCAGGAGCUGAGCUCUGCCCUCACGCUGCUGGAGACCCGUUUUGCACUGCAGCCCUGCCCGGAGUGCGCCCAGAAGGCUGCCAAGAAGCCAGAAAUGGCAGAUAAGAGCCUCGAGACCGAUGAGAGUCUCAACAACGAGCUGAAACUCUACCACAGCGAGCACAAUGACCCACUCAAUGGUAGCCACAACGGGCACGCCUCUGCCCCUCCGUCGCGGAUGAAUAUUAUCCAAGAGAAGCUAAAGGCCGACGCUGCCGAUGCCAUGGAGAAGACCUGCCCCAUGUGCGGCAAGCAGUACUCCAGCCAGGUGUCGUUCAAUGCGUUCCGGGAGCACGUCGAGAUGCACUUCAUAGACGACGCCUUGGAGAUGGAGAUCGAGGGCAGUGUGGAGCGACAGUUCGAGUUCGUUUCGCAUACGGUGGGCGACUUCUGACCCAACAAACGUAUCUAUUUUGCCACUGAACUCUGACGAAUAGCCCAAUUCCCCCAACAUAAUGGUUGAAAUUAGUGUUACAGUUUGAAAGCAAUAGGGUGCAUAGAACCGCGUGCUUCUCGUUUAUUCCCCUGGGGGCAUUGUUACGUUUCUAAUGUCUAAGCAGAUAGAAUAUAUAAUCAUAAAUUAAUCAAAAUCAGUUGCAUUAAUGGAAUGCUCCUUUUAUUUAGAUACAUUAGCUAUGCGUGUGCGUGUGUAUUUAGUUUUUAGUUAUAGAAUGCAAAAUACUUGUGGAUUAAAUGUAACCCCUCGAAAA